AAUGUAGACAGUAGCACGUGACUUGAGUGCAUCACAUGUUUGAAAAUGGAUGUUGCCUGGAGCUGUCGUGUUUUUCUCCUCCUGUCAAUUUGUAUGCUUUGCAAUGGACAGGGCACUAAUUACAUUAUCGGUGCCGGAAUUGCAGACAUCACGGGUCCGGCGGCAGAGGUUGACAUGAUGGGAUAUGCAAACCCUGGACAGACUAGUAAAGGGGUUCACCUUCGUCAGUAUAGCAGAGCUUUCAUCAUUGCUGAUUCUGCCAACAAGACCAGGAUUGUAUUUGUCAACACAGAUUCUUGUAUGCAAUCUCAAGGACUGAAACUAGAAAUCAUCAAGCGUCUUAAGAACAAGUAUGGAGAUUUGUACAAUGAGAGGAAUGUAGCCAUCAGUGGCACCCAUACACACUCAGGGCCCGGGGGGUUCCAUCAAUACCUCCUCUAUGACAUCACUUCCCUUGGAUUUGUCAAUGAAACUUUUCUGUCUCUGGCAGAAGGAAUUGUUGCUAGCAUUGAAAAGGCCCACAACACUAUGAGACCAGGAAACCUUUUCGUGAACACUGGCGAACUUUUAGAGAGCAACAUAAACAGAAGUCCGACAGCGUACCUCAACAAUCCUACUGAGGAGAGAGCUAGAUACAAGUACAAUGUAGACAAGAAUAUGACAGUUCUCAGAAUGGUGGACGCUCAGAACAAAGGCAUAGGAAUGAUCAACUGGUUUGCUGUGCACUGUACCAGUAUGAACAAUACAAAUCACCUGAUCAGCAGUGAUAACAAAGGGCUAGCAGCUCAGAUGUUCGAGGCGGACAUGAACAGUAAUAAAUUCCCCGGUAAAGGAGAAUUUGUAGCAGCCUUUGCUCAGAGUAAUGAAGGUGAUGUGUCUCCAAAUACUAAAGGGCCGCACUGUAUGGACACGGGCAAGCCGUGCGACGUCCCCACCAGCACCUGUAAUGGAAGGAAUGAACUUUGUGUAUCACCUGGUCCAGGGAAAGACAUGUUUGACAGCACCAAAAUUAUUGCCACUAAUCAGUACAAGAAAGCUAAGAUACUAUAUAAUGAUCCAGCAGCCAUGAAGUUAGAAGGCCCUGUGGACUUUAGGCAUUCAUACGUAGACAUGUCAAAUGUCAUGGUGCAAAUUAACCAGACAACACAGGUGAAGACCUGUAAGCCUGCGAUGGGUUACAGUUUUGCUGCCGGGACUACUGAUGGACCAGGAGCCUUUAACUUCACUCAAGGUGCCACAACGGGGAAUCCAUUCUGGGAUUUUAUUCGAGAUUUUCUGAAGGAGCCGUCAGCGGAACAGUCAGCCUGUCAGCAUCCUAAGCCCAUCUUACUGGACACAGGAGAGAUAAGUGUUCCCUAUGCCUGGUCCCCAUCUAUUGUGGAUCUACAGAUCUUCAGAAUAGGACAGCUCGCCAUCAUCUCUGUACCAGCAGAGUUCAGUACUAUGUCGGGGCGAAGAACACGAGACAGCGUAACAGCAACACUGAAGGCUGCUGGUCUCCCUGGCGACACGUUGUCUGUGAUUGCAGGACUGACCAAUGAUUACGCAGAUUACGUAACUACCUAUGAAGAAUACCAGAUUCAGAGGUACGAAGGUGCCUCCACCAUCUACGGACCUUACACUCUGCAAGCCUAUAUACAAGAAUUCAACAAACUAGCCAGUGCCUUAGCUAAGGGUACCCCAGCCCCACCAGGACCCACUCCCCCAAAUCUGCUGGACAAACAGCUGGCCUUCCUCCCUCCGGUAGUGUUCGACCAUGCACCUUUUGGGAAAAGUUUUGGUGAUGUAGUCACUGAUGCUAAUCCUCAAUACAAACAGGGCGAUUCUGUGAAAGUGACAUUUAUUGGAGCCAAUCCCAGAAACGAUGUGAAGUUGGAGGGUACAUUUUUAACUGUGGAAAUGCAGCAGCCGGACCAGAACUGGAGAGUUGUCUACACAGACAGUCAGUGGGAAACAAAGUUUGAAUGGAAGCACACAAGUCUGUUGCUGGGAGAAUCCGAGGUGACCAUUACCUGGGACAUUCCUCAAACUCAAGCCCCAGGCACGUACAGAAUCCAGUAUUUUGGAGAUUCAAAGAGUUUGGACCAGAAAAUAUCCAAGUUCACAGGGAAAUCAACAGAGUUCAAGGUCAUGACCCCCAAAGAAUACCGAAAACAUAAGCAUGAAAUGCCGAAGAAAAUGAACGCAGUACUAAGGAAAAACUUGUAUUCUCUGUACAAACAGAAAUAUAGUAAAAAUAUGUUUAUUGUGAACAAGAAGCACUAAGUAGCUCUACUGUUCGGAGAGCUUUGUUGGAUUUCGACCACAGUGCUUUAUUAUUUCAAUGAAAUAAGGUAAAAUCUUUGAUUCAAGAAAUCAACAACUAAUUUAAACUGACUAUGCUGUAUUUUGGUUAAUACAACAUUUGAUACUAUGAAUUCAGUGUUACAUGUAUUAAGAGGAUUCCUGUGUCAUGAUUGACAGAUGUAUUUAUAAAAUGUCUCAGAUGACUCUAGUCGUAUACUUCAUGGAUGACUAAGUCGUUUAAAAUGUCUCAGAUGCCUCUAAGUUGUAUAGAAUUGUUCCGAUGUCUCUGUCUUUAAUUCUGCAGUGCAUGAAGCUCCCUGUAUUUUUCAUGCAAGAGAUGGAAAUGAGACUAACAGUCACAUUAAAUGCUAAUUAAUACAGUUGUCAUGCUAUUUAUUUAUUUUUUGUUUCCUUAUCAUGAUUAAGAUCAAGAAAUCCUUUGCAAUUGUUUAGAAAUCCAUUAUUGAAUUUUUUAUGUCCUCGAAAAUAAUUAGGGAUUCCUUCUUGUAAGAUUCAUCCAGUAGCUAUAUAUCUAAGAAAUAUUUAGCUUUAGAUUAGAUGUUUGUUUGUAAAAAAGCUUAAACAUGCCUAGGAUCAGUAUUAAAGAUAUGAUUGAUCAUUGUCUCAAGAAUCAUUGAUAUUAAAAACUAACAUUUGAUAUAUACAUGUAUGACACCAUGUGCCAAAUAAUGGGUUCUUACUCAUGUACGUCAGGGAUAUUUUGUUGCCCCGGUAAUUUAUUUCUGUGAUUCCGUAGGAUUCUUUGCAAAACCUCCAACUUUCUUGUUUAUGAAAAAAAAAUUCAUACUUUUAUAGAAUGCCACAAUGCUUAAUAAAUUACUCUUGGGAA